CUUCAGAUCACAAACUAUCCUGGUUAUUCCCAAGUAGCAUAAAGUCCAAUAGAAGCAAGGCUACUGGCUACAAUGUCAAAACCCAAUAAUAUCGCCGAAAGCUUCUCAAACCUGGCUCUAGACCCCCUAGCACCCCCUCUUCCCCUCCUCACCAAGACCAAAACGUUCUCUCUCGGCAACCUCUUCACCAGCAAGACCCCUUCACUUCUCCAGACUACACCCAUAUCCUACUAUCCCCUCAAAGAGAACGAAAUCCGCCUCGUGAACCUCCACGCAGGACCCCCCUCAGCCCCAAUAACCCUCACAACCGAGUCCACCCCCCUCUCAUCCGCAGAAUAUACAGCACUCUCCUAUGUCUGGGGCGAUCCCUCUGACACCAUUUCCGUCCAUGUCGACAAUCACCUCUUCCACGCCACAAAAAACCUUCACUCCGCGCUCCAGCACAUCCGCCUCUUCCUGAAGCCACCACAGCUUGCCCCACUAUGGAUCGACGCAAUCUCGAUAAACCAGGCAGAUAUAGCAGAGCGAAGCCACCAGGUCUCGCACAUGCGGGAGAUUUACGAUUCAGCAGAGCUAGUCUUGACCUGGCUCGGAUCAGACCUCGGACCGGGGGUAACAUACCUCCGCGAACUCGGCGAGCACGCCCUCACCGUCUCUCGAAAGAGCAAAGAGCCCCCGAAGCUUCUACCCAGCCACGUGAAAGACCGAUAUACUACCAUUCGGGAAACCGUCAGAGUCUUUCAAUCUACCUAUUGGAACCGCGUCUGGACGGUACAGGAGUACACUGCCCCAACAGACCUCGGGGUCUUCCUCUCCGGUACGGCGUGGUUAGAUCGCACUGCCUUUUUACCCGCCACGAUACUCUAUACACAUGCACUUUACUGGCUCCGAGAUGGCCUGCGGAAGCGGGGGGCAGAUGCGUCGUUUGUGGACGCGACGCUCUCGCGGGUGAAAAAGGUUGCGCAUGAUCUCAAGAUGAGCUAUGCGCGGAUGGCAGCUUCCAACGUCCAUCAGAUUGAAUCAGAGAAUGGGAGGAAUUCUGUAGUUCACCAGUUCAAUCUCAUCAGCCUCCUCUUACGAUUCCGCGAUCUCCAAGCAACAGACCCCCGAGACCGCAUCUAUGCGCCCAUGAACCUCCUCCGUCAUAGUUCCAGAGAGGAACCCAUCAUCCCUGUCGACUAUUCUCUCAACAUACAGCAACUGUACACAUCCGUUGCCAGGCGUCUAGUGGAAGACGACGACUACUGGCCUCUAAGCAUCCUCGAAAUCUGUCGCUUCGGGUCAUCGGACUUACCAUCAUGGGUGCCUGACUGGCAAGUCCUUCCGAGAAAGGUACUUUCGAGAAGUGUCACCUCUGGAGAGCAAGUUCUCUGUGCGAGUAAAGGAUACUCCACGGAUGCGAAGCCGUGGAGGAUACUAGACGAGGCUCGGUUGCAGAUUACGACUGUACAGAUUGAUGACGUGGCGGAGGCCUGGGAGGCAUUUGAUGCUAUGAGUGUGCCUCGAACAAAGUCCUACCCAGCGUAUAAUCUGAUGAACCCUGGUGAGAAGUAUGUGAUUGGAGGGCAGACGAUGUUGGAAGCUUUCCAUGAACUGGCAGGGAUCGAGCCAAGAUCGGGAUAUGGUGACGAGGUGGAAAUUUACCGCCAAGAGGACUGGCAUCGCAAUCAAGGCAUGAUGAGUCGCUUCAAUCGCCGGAGACUGAUCCGCACUGAAAACGGACUCGUCGGCUUGGCUCCGGCUGAAGCUAUCAAAGGUGACAAGGUCUGGUUGGUUCAUGGCGCGAACAUGUUCUAUAUCUUCAGGCCUGUUGCGGACGAAAGAAGUCAUGUGCUUAUCGGUGAGAUUUACCUCCAAGGUCUCAUGAAUGGGGAGGCACGGGAGUUUUUAGGCGGGACUGGAAAGCAAACUGUCAUUACACUCGUUUAGGGUAUAACAUCUAUCAUGAUAAGGACCGACCCGAUAUCUACAAACUGUUCCCAUUUCCGCAUUAGACGUGCCGCAGUAGCAAGAGUCUGCGCCACCAUUCAUUAUCGAGUAUUCUUCUCUUUCUAUCCUUGGUGGCCAACAUCUUAAGCCCACUUUCCAAGCACACUCAUGAUAAUCAUGCCAGCGAUGAGACCGAAGAAAGCAAGGGUCGUGACGAUGGGGCCAGUGGUUAGGAGCUCCGCGCCAGGAAGCAUCCAGUCCUCGGCCCACAUCUCCACAACACCAACCCAGACGAGAAUACCAGCGGAGAGCGCGUCGAGGGUACCGAUGGCGAUGAUGGUGUCGCGGUCG